UAAUUUGGGCAUGGUUCUGCGGUUUGUGGACUAGCGGGCAUGGGUAUUACCGGUGAAUUCCACUUUCAGUAAGUUUUUCCAUUAACCGCUAAUGAAAAUAGUUACGGGAAUAAUUAGUGCUAUGAUUAAGCUUGCGUAAUGAUGUGAACCAUGAGAGAUGCACCGGCUGAGUGCUAAACGAAUAAGCGGGUAUACAUUAAAUUCAUACCCACAUCACCCCGCCUGAGUAGCGCCGAUCAGCACCAGCUACCUGCCAGUUUAGGCAGUAUAGGCUUUAGUUUCGAUGAAUAAAGCUUGUCAGCUUCAGUUAGUGACGAAUCCGCAAACAAACAGCAGACGCGGCUUCCGAACGCAAGCGUUGGAUAUAGUUCGCCUUUGCACUUCAUCAUUAUCAAUGGAAAUUGAUCUGAUCGAACGAAGACGACGACAGCUUUGGAUUUUUUGUUUUGAUUCUCGCGAUCAGGUUGGCCGUGAUCAGGAACGUAAACAGUAAAAUUAAUCAUGAGACGAUGGAACUUAUUGGUUGUGUUAGUGACGGCAUUUUAUUGUGCGCACCGCGAAGCUCGAACUCAGAGCGGUGAGGGAGAUUCCUGUUUCUUUCAAAACACUGCCGGAAUAUGUGUUGGCUAUAGCAGCUGUCGCCGUGUGUUGGAAUCAACCGGAAGCCGGAUCACCAUUUGUUCCUACAAUGCCAAAGAAGCCAUCGUUUGCUGCCCGGAGGACUACAAGACGCGAUUGGAACAACAGGAGGCUCGAGAUGCCUCAAUGACCAUCAGUGCCCGGAAGUGCGAACAAUAUAUGCGUCAGGCAGCGCCUACUUUGUACUUCAGCUCGCUGAAACCAAACGGAGAGGUCAUUCAGAGGAAAGCCAGACCAUGUCCCACCUACACCAAUUUGAUUGUCGGUGGCGAAGCUGCCCAGCAGGGAGAGUUUCCCCAUAUGGCUGCAAUAGGAUAUAGGAGUGGUCCCACGGGCGCUCUUGAGUUUCGUUGCGGUGGCAGUCUCAUCAGCGAACGGUUCAUUUUAACGGCAGCCCAUUGUCGCAAUGAGGAUGCGGUGUUGGUUCGAUUGGGCGUUGUGGAUUUGUUGAGUGAUAAAAGCGCGACCCAACCACAGGAUUACAACAUCGAAUCAUUCAUAAGACAUCCCGAGUAUUCCGCUCGAACCAAACAUAAUGAUAUCGCGUUGGUAGAGCUGUCGGAAACCGUUCCGUUCAGUCAACGGGUGCGACCGGCCUGUCUGUACCAAUCUACGGUAAUUAGAGAACAGAAGCUGACUGCUACGGGCUACGGAGCGGUCGAUAAUUUUGGAACCAGCCAAAAUCAUCUGCUCAAAGUGGUUCUCGAUCAGUAUGGCCAGGAGGAGUGCCGCCGGCACUACCAGAGCGACGUUCACACCCUGACACGGAAUGUUGUCGACACUCAAAUGUGCGCUGGUUAUCCAGCCGGUGGGCGGGAUACCUGUCAGGGUGAUUCCGGUGGUCCACUGCAGGUUCGGAACACCAGCGACGGAUGUCAAUUUCACAUCGUAGCGGUUACCUCGUUUGGAAAGUUCUGUGGAACAAUCGUCCCCGCGAUAUAUACACGCAUUGCGCCGUAUCUUAGCUGGAUCGAGUCGAUUGUGUGGAAUUCUUAUGAUAAAACGCGAACCAAGUGUGUUGUUAAACAACAGGAAAUCCCAUUUGUCAGGUAUAAAACCUAUAUCGCGUUGGUAGAGCUGUCGGAAACCGUUCCGUUCAGUCAACGGGUGCGACCGGCCUGUCUGUACCAAUCUACGGUAAUUAGAGAACAGAAGCUGACUGCUACGGGCUACGGAGCGGUCGAUAAUUUUGGAACCAGCCAAAAUCAUCUGCUCAAAGUGGUUCUCGAUCAGUAUGGCCAGGAGGAGUGCCGCCGGCACUACCAGAGCGACGUUCACACCCUGACACGGAAUGUUGUCGACACUCAAAUGUGCGCUGGUUAUCCAGCCGGUGGGCGGGAUACCUGUCAGGGUGAUUCCGGUGGUCCACUGCAGGUUCGGAACACCAGCGACGGAUGUCAAUUUCACAUCGUAGCGGUUACCUCGUUUGGAAAGUUCUGUGGAACAAUCGUCCCCGCGAUAUAUACACGCAUUGCGCCGUAUCUUAGCUGGAUCGAGUCGAUUGUGUGGAAUUCUUGAGAAGACGAGGGCAAUUUCGCGCGAUUGUGCUCAACCACCGUUCGAUGGAAGAUAGCAAAACAAAACAUUAGUAUGAUAAAACGCGAACCAAGUGUGUUGUUAAACAACAGGAAAUCCCAUUUGUCAGGUAUAAAACCUGUUUCGGUACCGUAGCGCGGUGAGUUAUUGAAAACGAAAUACUUUCAAGCCGCUUUCAACACUUGUACAUAUCACUGAACAUCUAUGAACUCUUCAACACAUGUACAGUUUUUUUUGCCGUCCAUAAACAUUACACUUUCCUA